AACCGGAUGCUAAUUAAUUAACAGAUCAUCAAUUGUCUUCAGAAGCUUCUUGUCAAUCACGGUAUAGAGACUGGGGCUAUAUAAGCUCGUCCUGCACACCCUGACUACAACCUUCAGGAUGACGAGGAAGAUGGUACCUCUGGUGGUCCUAAGCCUGGCUCUUCUGAGUAGCACAUCAGGAUUACCACAUAUGCACCAACAUGUGCCCGGAAUUGAAUCAGGAGUUCAACAUGUGCCCGGUAUUGCACCAGGGGUUCAACAACAGGUGCCCGGUAUUGCUCCUGGAGUACCACAACAGGUGCUCGGUCAGGCAGUGGGAGCCGGUGUUAACCCUUACCUUAAUUACUACCGCAUGAUGUGGUAUUACUAUAUGAUGCAAAACAGACAACAGAUGAUGAUGAACAAUGCUCGACAUCAACUGAUAAACCCUUAUAACAGAAACAACAUGGCACUGCAUGGCAUAGGGGCCAAUGGAGGGAGAGGAGUUGACGUUGGUUACGAAAUAUACCACAAAAAGAAGGACGACGGCAAGUACAAACCAGGGCACGAUUAUAAGGAUGACGGCAAGUACAAACCAGGGCACGAACACAAGAAGGAUAAUUAUAAGAAAGAUAUCUAUCCACACAGUGACCAUUACGGAGAUGUCUAUCCACAUAUCCACCAUGAUAAAUAUCCCGGUGACGUAUAUCCUAUUGAUAAGUAUCCUCAUGGAGAUUAUAAAGAUCCUCACCACGAUAAGUAUAAUGAUAAAUAUCCUAAAGAUAUUUAUCCAGCACAUCACGAAAAAUAUCCAAGUGACGUAUAUCCGAAGGAUAAGUAUCCCGACGGUCCUCACCAUGACAAAUAUCCGCCUAAUCAUCAGGAUAAAUAUCCCGGUGACGUAUAUCCGAAGGAUAAGUAUCCCGAAGGAGACCUUUACCCAGGUGGUCCUCACAAUGACAAAUAUCUGCCUAAACAUCAUGAUAAGUAUCCCGGUGACGUAUAUCCUAAAGAACAUCUUAAAGAUAAGUAUACUGAUACAUAUCCGAAAGAUGUUUAUCCAACAGGUCCUCACAAUGACUUUUAUCCGCAACAACAGCAUGAUAAAUAUCCCGGAGAUGGAUACCAAACAGACAUUUAUCCAACAGGUCCUCGCUAUGAGAAAUAUCCAACCAAACAUCAUGAUAAAUAUCUCGAUGACCUAUACCCGAAUGGACUUCAUAAGGAUAAGUAUAAUGAUAAAUAUCCUAAAGACAUCUAUCCAAGAGGCCCUCAUCAUGACAAAUAUCCGCCUAAAUAUCACGAUAAAUAUCCCGUUGACAUUUAUCCACAGAGACAUAAGAAAGAUAAGUAUCCUGGUAAAUAUUCUAAAGAUGUUUAUCCAAGAGGCCCUCACCAUGACAAAUAUCCAACUAAAUAUCAUGAUAAACAUCCAGAUGAUGGAUAUCAUACGGACAUUUAUCCAACAGGUCCUCACAACAACAAACAUGGAGACCGUUAUCCUCUUCACCAUGAUUAUCCCAAUGACAUUUAUCCUAAUGGUCAUAAAAAGGAUAAAUACCCGGAUCUUAAACAGAAGCAUCAUCACACUGAUUACACAGCAGACUAUGAUGGAUACAAGAAAGGACACAAGGAUCAUAUUUUUGAACUUGAACUUCCUUCACCUGGUCAUCUAAGAAGAAGAGGGCGAAUGGAAUCUAGGCGAGCAGGCGAUCUGAGUCUGCUAUCGCGCCCUUUUAACAGGAGAGUUUCAGAUGCCAUUUUUGAUCCAAUGGAACCAAGAGGUAUUCGUUCACGGAAUGCGGGAGGUUUGAUUGACAUGGGGCCGUUCUCUGGACCACUGAGGAGGCCUAGCUAUGAAUUUGAUCCUCACAAUUCUAGACAUUACAAAGAUAGCGUGCACAAACCGGGAAAACAUAAAGGUGGAUACAAAGUCAAUGGAUAUGAUCACGUGAUUCAUAAGAAGAAAGACUACGGAGUGAAUAAAAAUAAAUACCAAAAGCCGAAAGACCUCUACAAGACCAAGGUGCCAACAAAACAUAAUUCGAAGAACAAGUUCAAUUCGAAGAAGAAGACUUACUGAACUGGUGAUGGACAGAGAGACUAGGUAAAACUUGAAACAUAUUUUCAAGUAUUCCUGAGAUGAGUUUGAAAUGGUGAUAAUUUUUCAUAUAUUACUCAUUAUAAUAAAACGAAUUUCCUAA